AUGCCAUAUGAAGAUUUGGCUUAUCCACUGGGUUACGGAUUUGCUGUCUUCAGUGCAGUGGUGAUAGCCGUAUCCCUUUACUUGGUAGUCUAUCUUAUAGCUGUAGCUGCCAAUGCAAUUCUGGACAUUGGGGAUUCAGUUAUACCAUGCUCAGAGGUUAUAAAACGAGUACAGCCAACCGCAUGGUAUGCUAUACCAGUAGCAGUUGUUUCAUCCCUCUUUCGGAUCACGGAAGACGAAGUUAUGUGUGAGUAUACAAGAGACAUUGACGCAAGAACAUGGAUAGUUCGCCAUACAUUUCCUCCGAAUAGUCUGACCAGGUUGUUUCUUGACAAGUUUGGAUCACGCUUUCUUUCAAAUGGCUAUGAUAUCAAUCCAGCUGUGACAACUACCGCUCUUGCCGUAAGGGCCACAUCGGAGCGGCAGAAGUGACUGUAAGCAGUAUCCAUGAAUGUUGAAGUCUUCUGACAUACAUCAAUUAAC